UAUAAAAUGUCGCUCCCCUCCUCAACCUCAGUCCGUCAGUCGAUUCAAUAAGGAAGAAGUAUUUGAGCAUCUUACUUCGUUCUACUCUAGUUUUUUUUUUUUUUUUUUGAAGGAUCAUUUUACUCCACAUAAUUUUAUUAGGGAGAACAACUAACAUUAUUUAUCUUGAUUUAAUUUCUUCUUCUAGUUUUAACACAUUAUACAAAUUUAUUUUAUUUCAUGGAGUUGACAACAAUGGACAUGCUUCAAAUUUUCCACAUGAACAAAGGCCAAGGGGAAGAGAGUUAUGCAAAGAAUUGUACUGUUCGGAACAAGAUAUUAUCCCUAACAAAAUCAUUUGUUGAAGAAGCCAUACAAGGCUACUUAAGCAAUGAAUUACCAGAGACCAUGGUCAUCGCCGACCUCGGUUGUUCAUCAGGCCCAACGGCCCUAGGGGCGGUGUCGGAGAUAAUCAACAUGGUUAAUGCAAAAUGCCGGAAGAUGGAGGGACAUCCAUCAUCACCCAAGUUUAUGGUGUUUUUGAAUGACUUACCAGGGAAUGACUUCAAUGGGGUGUUUGGAUCACUCUCUAAUUUUCAAAAAAAGUUGACAGAGGAAAAAGGCGGUGAGUCAUGUUCAUGUUUUAUAGCUGGUCUUCCUGGAAGUUUCUAUGGGAGGUUGCUUCCAAACAAGUCCUUGCACUUUGUCCAUUCUUCUUCUAGCUUGCAUUGGCUCUCUCAGGUUCCAGCGGGUUUGGAUGACAAAGAUAACGCAAAGAUGCUAAACAAAGGGAAGAUAUACAUGUCAAUGACUAGCCCAAAUGAAGUGAUAAACGCAUACAAGUUACAAUUUAGAAAGGAUUUCCUUUUAUUUUUGAAAUGUCGUGCAGAAGAAGUAAUUUCAGGGAGGCGUAUGGUGUUAACAUUUAUGGGUAGAAGGUCCAAUGAUCCUACUUCUUCUGAAGAUAAUUUCUAUCCUUGGGAGUUGAUUGCCAAGAGCUUUAACAGCAUGGUUUCUGAGGGGUUGAUUGAAGAGGAUAAGCUGGAUUGUUUCAAUGUGCCAUAUUAUGCACCAUGCCUAGAAGAAGUUAAGCAACUAGUAAAAGAAGAAUCAUCAUUUUUCGGGCAUCGUUUCGAAGCUGUUGAAGUUGAAUGGGAUGGAGACGUAAAACUCAGCAACAACCAGUCUGAUGAACAUAGUUUAUGCAAGGCGGCGUUGGCGAAGGGAGAAAGAGUAGCCAAGAUACAUAGAGCUGUGGUUGAGUCUAUGUUGGAGCGUUACUUUGGGAAAAUUGUUAUGGAUGAUCUUUUUCAAAGGUAUACUAAGAUUUUGGAAGAUCACUUUACUAAUAACCCUAAUAAUUCCACAAUGAUUAGUUUAGUUGUUUCCUUAAUUAGAAAUUAGCUCUACCUUACAUGCUUAAGGUUACAUAGCUAGCAUUUAGUUCUAAAAGUCCUUUCCUUGGAUUGUAACCAAAAGAUUAACUUAAACUUCAUUCGUACGGUUUAACACUACUUGCUUUCUUUUUAUUCUUGUAAUUGUAGUUUUAAAAUGAAUGCUUUGCUGUGGAAAUGUUUAAUAAAUUAGCCGUUUGAUGAU